GACUCAGUGCCUUACAGAACAGUCCCGUUUCUCCACACCGUCCAGAACUACAGAUCCUCUCUGCUAACAACAACGACAACCGCAGCCAUGGCCAAAACCGCAGUCGCUUACAAAGAGAAGAUGAAGGAGCUGUCCCUUGUCUCCCUCAUCUGCUCCUGCUUGUACCCAGAGGCCCGGAACAAGAUGAUGGGCGAGUUUGAAGACAUGAAAGUCAAACCCAUUAAUAAGCGAGCCUCUGGACAAGCCUUCGAAGUGAUCCUGAAACCACCAUCCCCUACAUCUGAGGGCUACAGCGUCACCUCUCCCCCCAAGAAGAGGGACGUUUCUCUGGAAGACAUUCAGAAGAAGCUGGAGGCAGCUGAGGACCGAAGGAAAUCUCAGGAGGCUCAGGUGCUAAAGGCUCUGGCUGAGAAGCGUGAGCACGAGCGUGAUGUGCUGCUCAAGGCCAUGGAGGAAAACAGCAACUUCAGCAAGAUGGCAGAGGAGAAACUCACCAUGAAGAUGGAUCACAUCACCAAGAACCGCGAGGCUCUGCUCACAGCUAUGCUGGAGCGCCUACAGGAGAAGGAGAGACAUGCCCAGGUGGUACGCAGGAACAAGGAACUGCGGGAUGAGAUGAGCGGAGACGAAGAUCUCCAGUUCUAAUAUGUCCCCCCAUCACCCACCUGACCAAGUCAGAGACCCUCUCUCCCUAUUACCCAGUCCCACGUAGAGAAAGAGUCUCAUACACAUACACACACACUCCACCCCGCGUCCCACUUCCUAACCUGAGGGAGAAGGACAAACCCCAGUCUGCACCAACAGCACAUGCCUAUCCCAUCUUCCCCUCGCAAAAAAAAAAAAAGUGAAAAAAUGAAUGAAACUACUGCUCCCUACU